AUGCCCUUUGUGGGCCGAGGCAACAGCUGUUGCUUUCACUUGAAGGCAUCUGGUGGUGCCACUGGCUCCGUCGGCCAGCUUGAUGAUGGACAGAAUCGCAUUUACGGCGGUCUCUCGGAAGCUCAGUUUUGUAUUAGCUCUAAUGGUGCUAUCACGGACGCUAACGGACGUGGGUGCAUUGUGACCGAUGCCACCACCCAGUUCCAAUGCGAUGAGGGCGCUGCCCCUUCACGGGCUUCUCUAUCAACUCAGAGGGCCAGCUUUCAUAUCGAGGUGACCAGGACUUCGUUGCUUGCAAAACUGGCCAAAAUGGUUCUCCAGGCUCUCCCGGUGUUCCCGGUACUCCUGGCACUCCAGGUUCUCCAGGCUCUCCCGGUGUUCCCGGUACUCCUGGCACUCCAGGUUCUCCAGGCUCUCCCGGUGUUCCCGGUACUCCUGGCACUCCCGGUUCCCCAGGCUCUCCCUAGCUCCCCAGGCACUCCAUGUUCUCCUGGCUAUCCUGGAUCUUCUAGUGUUCCCGGUUCCCCUGGUACUCCUGGCACUCCCGGCACUCCCAGCACUCCCGGCUCUCCUGGUGUCCCCGGCACUUCAGGUUCUCCCGGCUCUCCUGGCACUCCCGUUGUCCCUGGCGCUCAGCCUUCCGGCACCCAGCCCUCUGGCGCCAGCUGCCCUACAAAUCUUGGUGGCAACUAUGAAUACCCUCACCUAAUCAUCCCCAUUGACUCGUCUUCUCCUGACACUGCUCAUGGUACCUCCUAUAACGGCAUUGUGUCAUCUUCCAUCUCCACUAUCUUCAACUUUGACGUCCCAUCUUCGGACUCCGGAAAGACAUGUAGCCUUAUCUUCCUCUUCCCUAAGAAAGAGGACCUCGAAACCUCUUCCUACUCCUUCAGCGGAGAUGGCAAAGUUGAAUUUGCUUCCCUCGAGUCGGUGGCCACCGAGUCAACUACAUACAGCAAUGCCCCGGGGGUCAAGGAGGAUGUGGGUGCCAUUACCAUUUCACCGGGCAACUCCUACCUCGUGUCUACCUUUGAGUGCCCCGCUGGACAGGCCGUCAGCUACGAGAUGAAGAACGCUGGCAGCACCGAGCUAAACUUCUUCGAAGACUACAACCCCUCUCCUUACAUCUUCGACUAUGUGAUUCUCGUUGCCUGUAUUGUCGGUUUCUUUAUCCUCGAUUCCAUCGAACCCUACCAUCAACAUUUCUCGUUGCAGAACAUCUCCCUUCAGUACCCAUAUGCCGUGCAUGAGCGAAUUUCGAUCCCGAUGGCCCUUUGCAUCUCGGGCCUUGCUCCCCUGGUGAUCAUGGCCGUCUAUACGCUCUUCUUGGAUGGGCUCUUUUCGCACCAUAAACCGCAGGAUCCGGUGACGGGCAAGAGAAAGUUCGCCGGCCCUUACCGGUUGAAGGAUCGGUUGUGGGAGUUUAACUGCGGCUUUCUGGGCUUGCUGCUCGCCCAGGGUCUUGCUUUCAUUAUCACCCAGGCUUUGAAGAAUGCCUGCGGGAAACCUCGCCCAGAUAUAAUUGAUCGGUGUCAACCUCGGCCAGGAAGCGCUGAUCCAACACCAUAUGGCCUGUCCAACUCUUCAAUCUGUACCGGUGACCCCGCGAUUAUCAAGGAUGGGUUUCGUUCAUGGCCCUCAGGCCACAGCAGCUCAUCCUUUGCGGGAUUGUUCUACCUGUCACUUUGGAUUGCCGGGAAGCUGCAUUUCCUAGAUAACCGAGGAGAGGUCUGGAAAGCGCUCAUCGUCAUCAUCCCCUGCCUUGCAGCCACUUUGAUUGCAGUAUCCCGGAUUAUGGAUGCGCGCCACCAUCCCUUUGAUGUGAUCACGGGAUCAUUGCUAGGAGUUGUCUGCGCCUACAUAUCCUACCAUCAAUACUUCCCGCCACUCAGCCAGCCUUGGAAAAAGGGACGAGCCUUUCCCAUCCGGUCAUGGGGCACGGAACCGGCCGCCCCGACUGACCCGGGCCGUUUGAAUGAAAGCACUACGGCGCUGCGAAACCCCGAGGAAGAGCGACUCGACCCGCCUCCCCUGCCGGAAACCCAAGGGCCCGGCCCAAACCGACUCUCCCGAAACCAAACAUACACAUCCGCAUCCGGUAAUCCUUAUUCUUCCGCUGGCUAUGAGCGUCGUCGGCGCGACGACGACGACGGGAACUGGUCCUCGUCUAGCGAGGACGUCGCAGCUGGUUAUGAAAUGCAACAUGGAUAUGCCCAGACGCAGAAUCCAGGAACCACCGCGCAGUUCCCACGGUAUUAUGAGGACACAGCCUAUCACGCUCAGACCGCUCCAGUCGGAUUUGACACACCACCUGCUGUCAUGACUUCCCGGACUGGCCCUGGACGGGAAUUGACAGAUAUGACCCCUCGGGAAGUGUAG